AUGAUGAAGUCAGUCGCUACUUUGGGCUGUUUACUCGCCUUUCUCGCUCAUACUGUGUCUGCUGGUCUUUAUACUGCCAAGGACAAUGUCAUUUCUGUCAAUUCCAACAACUUCAAUUCGGUUGUCAUGGACACUGAGCAUCCAGUCGCUGUUGAAUUCUAUGCUCCUUGGUGUGGACACUGCAAGCAACUGGCUCCCGAGUAUGUCAAGGCUGCUACUAGUCUGCAAGGUCUAGCUAAGCUUGUUGCUGUUGAUUGUGACGAGCAAAGCAAUCAGGCUCUUUGUGGUCGAUUCGGUGUCAAAGGAUUUCCUACCAUCAAGGUUUUUUCUGGCGGCAUCAAGGGAAUGCCAGAAGAUUACAAUGGUGAACGAAAAUCCAAGGCUAUAGUAGAUUAUCUUAUUUCAAAAAUCACCCACAAGUACGUCAAACAGAUUGGAAUCAUUGGCAAAAAAACUGUUUCUCUUGAAGAUUUUGUCAAGGAAAAUGAUAUGCCUCGCAUGGUCUUUGUUAAUAAAAAAGAUACUACCUCGCCACUGCUCAAGGCACUUUCUGUUGAAUACAAGGACCGACUAACCGUUGGUGAAGUCAAGGGUGCUUAUACCAAAUUUGUUGAAAAGAUUACCACCAAAAUUCCUGGUGUAUUUAUCUGGCCCAAAGACACUGGUAUUACCGAUACUCCUGUCGAGUACGAAGGCGAACUGAAGCAAAAACCACUCAAGGAGUUUUUGGAAAAAUAUGCACUUCCGCCUACCAAGUCCAAAAAACCAACCAAAGAGGAAAAAAAGCCUAAAUUGGAAGAAAAGAAAAAGGAUGAUGCUUUCAAGAAACCACUCGACCUUAAUAUUCCGGAACUCAAAUCUCAAACCGAUCUUGAAGAACUUUGUCUUGAUCAAAGCGGUGUUUGUGUGAUCUCUUUUAUUGCCAAUGACAAAGAAUAUCCAGAAUUUGUUGCUGAGCACUUGACCCACCUUAACAUCAUUCAGAAUGUAAAGCAAACCAUGCACAAGAAACCCCACAAUCCGUUUACGUUUGUUCAGGUCAACCCACUUCAGCACGGACUUCAGCUUGUCAAAGAUUUCCAAGCCAGUGACAUGUACCCAUCUAUACUAGCAGUCAAUUUCAAGCGAAAGGCGUAUGGACUUUUGAGAGCUGCAUUUGAGGAGGAAAGCAUUACCAAAUUUUUGACUGAUUUGAUUAGCGGCAAAGGUAGUAUUUCCAAAUUUGAUCUUGUGCCUACUUUGGACAAGGGCGACAAAGCCAAGGCUGAUGCCCCAGUUCGUGAUGGAGAGCUUUAACAGCUUGACUCGUUAAAAUAAAAUCAAUCUGUUUUUUUU